UCCCAGUUUUGUUGUGACGACGGAACGGCAUACUCGUUCCCCCAAACACAGUUAAGUCUUAAAUCCUGUGAAUGGUUAAAGUCAGUGCUUAAAACAGGUAAUUCGAACAAAAGUCAACGGAAAAAAAGUGAUGAUGUACCAAAAAUAAGUUACAUAAAAUUCAAAGACAGUCCACAAGAUCGAUCGGCGAACCGCAAGUACUAGACAUUCAUAAAUACGACGAGCGUGAAAGAGAGAAGCUGCAAUGUCGGUAUUUUAUUUACGUAGAAACUAAACGAUAUCCGUCCCGUUGCUAUUUUCGCAGUAUAUCGUUUAUUAUGAGGGCCGUCGGCGGCGCGGCGCGGCUGAGGGCGGGCGACGGCCGAGAGUCACGCGGGCCACUCCACCGCCUGAUAUUAUAUUCUGGAGCACGUCGGCCGUUCCCUCACCUCGCUUCGCGCCAGAUAUUUCGAGUGCUGCUUCCACCACCUAUGCCUUUACCUAGACUCAGUCACAGAGAACGCUCGAUGCAACCGCCCGCAUCGUUUUAAUAUAUAAAGUUAUCUCAUUUAAUUUUUAAUCAUUUCAAGUAUAAAAGUGUUUUCAAAUAUUAUUUUUAUAUAUUUCUACUUAUUUGAUGAUAAUCUACACAAACAGAACCACAGCAAGUCCGUUAAACCAGGAAGAGGACACGAAACAUGAGCGUAGCGGAUACCAGUAAUAAUGCUAUCCGAGGAUGGGGUAGUACGCCAACAGGAAAUGCUCCUACUGUAAACGUGGGCAAUGAGAAUCGAACAAACCACAAAUGUCUGCCCUCAAUAUUUUUUAGAGGCUGGAGAAGGAACCUUCUUUAUGGAAUACUAAUAUUCCUCAUGGUUUUAGUGUUUCUAAACAUUGCAUUAACUUUAUGGAUCAUAAGCGCAUUGAAGCUUAAUAUGAAUGGCAUCGGUCCCAUAAAAAUUAUGAACGGCGGGAUUCAGCUCCAAGGUCAAACAUGGGUCGUGAACAAUUUAGUUGCGUCGACAAUAUCAACACAACCCGCUCAUCCUAUCACGCUACACUCUCACCGCAACUUCACCGUACUCGUAUCCGACCCUAAACAUUCAGAACAUUCCAAGUUGUUAAUUAAGAGGGACAACAUUGAGUUUAGUGGUAAAAAUUUUCACGUGCGUGAUUCUCGCGGAGGUGACGUCUUUCGUGCUUCUAAAGAAGAAGUAAGAGUGUAUGCAGACACAUUUGCAGUGGACGGCAUCGGUGGUUUAGUAGUAAAAACUGCACUUCAGGUGCCUCUUGUACGGGCCCCUCCUGGAUCUGACUUACAAUUGGAAUCUUUGACGAGGGGGUUAGAUUUGAGAGCGCCUCAGUCGAUUUACUUCGAAAGCAGAGCCGGAAAAAUUGAUGUAACCUCGCACACUGAUCUGAAACUCAACUCUAUAGUAGGCGCUAUCAAAAUUGAUGCCCCAAAUAUUGUGAUUACGAAUUUGAAAGAAGCACGUGUAACAGAAAAACCGCAAAGAGGUAUAAGAAGUAUGAAAGUUUAUCAAUUGUGCGCAUGCGCAACUGGAAAACUAUUCUUAGCAGCACCGGAUGCGGUAUGCGCUGCGAAUGCUGACGACACCGAAUUGUGCCGAUGAUAAACAUAGAGCUGUGAUAAAACACAACAAAAUCUAGUCAAUUUAGUAAAUAAACCCAUCUUAAAAGAUUAACUGAAAUUAUCGUUAACCAAAGCAUGGAUUACGUAGUCUUGAAUAGAUCGUAAUGCACGCCCAUAAAAUUAUAAGUGACCAUGAAAUUGUUAUCUAUAAAUAAUAAAUAAGAAAUAACUGUACGUAAUGAACUUUAAGUCAUUAAAACUCGUUU